AUGCGUCCGCUUGUCUGCUUUCCCGCGCUUUUUGCCUUUCCUGCGCCAACCACACUCAAUUUUCACAUGCAUCAAUAUCAACGCUGCUCCCAAAAUUUUCUUUUCUUUUUUCCUUUUUUUUUGUUUCUUUUUCUUUCCUGUCUUCUUCUAUUUCUAUUCACUUUAUUUCUUUUCUUUUUUUUUUGCGUUUUCUUUCUUUUAUCAUUUCCCAACUUUCCUUCUUACAUUUAUUCGCGUUUUCUUUUUACGUUUUCUUUCAUGCUUCAUUUCUUCAUUAUUUUUCUUUUUUUUUCAUUCCUUAAAAUAAUUUAUUCAUUCUUACUUUCUCCCCUUUUUAUUUUUUAUAUUUUCUUUCUUUCUUUCUUUCUUUCUUUCUUUCUUUCUUUCUUUCUUUCUUUCUUUCUUUCAUUACUUCGCUGUUUUUCUUUCUUUCUUUCUCUUUACUUAAUUGCCUAUUUUCUUUCAUUUUCCAUAAUUAUUCUUCUUAUUUUUCAAUUUCUAGUCCCUAAAUCUUUCUUUCUUUCAUUACCCGACUUUUUAAAAAUUCUCGUUCACUUUUAUUUUCUCCUCUUUCUUUCUUUCUUUCUUUCUUUCUUUCUUUCUUUCUUUCUUUCUUUCUUUCUUUCUUACACCUUUAUUACUUCAACAUUCUUUCUUUCAUUCAUUUUUCCCUUUGCUGUUCUUUCUUUCUUUCUUUCUUUCUUUCUUUCUUUCUUUCUAUACUUUUUACCUCAUUCCCUAUUUUCUUUCAUUUUUCAUAAUUAUUAUUUCUUUUUCCUUUUCUUUCAUUCUUGUCUAUUUUUUCUUUUCUUACACGUUUAUAUUCCUUCAGCAUUAUUUCAUUCAUUUAUUUUUGCAUUUUCUUACUUUACGCCAAUUUCCUUCAUUUUUACAUUCAUUACUUUUCUUUCGUUCUUUUUUCUUUCUUUUUCUUUCUUUCUUUCUUUCUUUCUUUCUAUACUUUUUACCUCAUUCCCUAUUUUCUUUCAUUUUUUUCAUAAUUAUUAUUUCUUUUCCAUUCUUUCUUUCAUUCUUGCUUAUUUUUUCAAUCUUUCGUUCCUAAAUUAUUCUUACUUUCUUUCUUCUUUUUAA